AUGAUGUGCUGAAAAACAUUCUUAGAAUAGUAUUUCAGUGACCGUCAGCGCAGACACGCGAAACAAAAGUGAUUCAAACUAUGAUUCAUCAGUCGAAACUAGUGUCGAUUACAUUAAUUCUUUUGAUUACACAAACUAGUCAAUAUUUAUCUUUGAGCUGCGACUUCUGUGACUCCCAAGUGAGCUGGCAGGACUGCGAUAGCAGAGCCGAAGCGGCGGAAUGCACCUCCGAGUUGGUAUUGAUUGAGCACAGCUUUCUGCAGCCAUUUAAUCCCAGCCUAGUGCAGCAAGUUCCUGUCGGUACGGUACAGUACAAAUGCUACCGGGUGGGGUUACAGCUGGGGAACAGUAGCAGAAGCGGUUAUGCGAAAGGAUGCACCUUCCGUGGGGUGGAAUUUUGCAGUGGUUGGAUCGAUCCGGUGCGAGUAAUAGACUGCGAAUCGGGUGCAGCGGGCGUCGCCGAUCGGAAGGCGGCAGUCAUCGUCUCUGUGCUGCUAGCUGCUGCAAUUGUGAUAGGUCAAAGGCUUAAUAAAUUUAACCUAUUUUUGCCGGAAUAAUUUUUAGAGGUGGUCAACUCACAUUCUUGAGCAGUAAUGUUUUGCUUUGAAUUAUCAUGAUAUUGAAGAUAAUUCAACUUCGUCGUCCAGUCACAUUCAUUGAAAAUAUAGAAACAAAAUGGUGGUUGAAUAUUGUUCCCCUACGGGUAUUUUUUUGGAUUAAAAGUUCUUUUUUUAAUGUUAGGUUUCCAUUAAUUGAAUUUUGAUGGAUUUUUUAUCGUUGGACCAACGUCUGUCAGGCAGUUAGGCGUCUGAAUUCGAAAAUCGAAUAAUUCAACCAUGGAAAAAGUGGUCAGAGCUUGAGCGAUCAGAAAUUCUUUUAUGGUUGAGUUUUUGUAACAAA